GGCUCGACUGAGAAUCCUCAUCUGCCGCCACCGCGAUGCUGCUGGCUAUGUGGGGCUUCCUGAAGCGUCACAAAAAGAAAUGCGUCUACUUGGGUGCUUUUCUGGGUGGGGUUUAUGUACUUGGAAAAUAUGGCCAGAAAAAAAUGAAAGAAAUUCAAGAAAGAGAAGCAGCAGAAUAUAUAACACAAGCAAGAAGGCAGUAUCAGAGGACUUGCAAUAUGACAGUACUAUCAAUGCUUCCAACUUUAACAGACACUUUGAUGUAUCAGCUGAAUUCUGAGAGUCUCGCUUCCCUGCUGAAAAACAAGCCAGCCAAUAAGUUAGAAAUAUGGGAAGAACUGAAGGUUAUAAGUUUUACAAGGAGUAUUGUUGCAGUAUACAGCACAUGCAUGCUUGUAAUUCUUCUCCGAGUCCAAUUAAAUAUUAUUGGUGGAUACAUUUACUUAGACAAUGCAGCAGUUUGCAAAAAUGGCACUACACUUUUAGUUCCCCCAGAAGUUCAACAGCAAUAUUUAUCAACAUCUCCUAGGACACUUGGAGAUGACUUGACUGAAUUAAUAAGCGUGAUUAAGAAGACUGUGCAGAAUGUAUUUGAGAGUGUUUCUCUCAAGCAUGCCCUUUCCCUCUUGGAACUGGAACAGAAGCUAAGAGAAAUUAGAAAGGUCAUUGAGCAGCCUGAAGAUUCUGCAUUUGAAAAAACUGCAUUUGAAAAAAAACAGUCCAAGCUAUGUCAUUACAUGAUGCUGGAUGAAGAGAAUCCUUUAGCUUUCCAGGCUAAUGAACUGACAGAAAAAGAUGUUGCUACCAUUAAGUUACUUAAUGAAACAAGAGAUACGAUAGAAAGUCCAGAUUUUAAUAGAGUUUUGAGCAGUUGCUUAAAUAGAGGGUUUAGUCGAUUACUGGAUAACAUGGCAGAAUUCUUCAGACCUACUGAAUUGGACAUAUGCCAUGCUGGCUCUGUGAACAGUCUUUCCAGUGCCAGUCUUCCUCUAGCCAAGAUAAUCCCAAUAAUAAAUGGACAGAUCCAUUCAGUCUGCAGUGAAACACCUACCCAUUUUGUUCAGGACUUAUUAAUGAUGGAACAAGUGAAAAACUUUGCUGCUAAUGUAUAUGAAGCCUUCAGUACCCCACAACAACUAGAGAAGUAAACUGCUGUUCAAUAUGUACAAAAUAUACUAUUUAGUGUCCAGUUGUUGUGACUAUUCAUUUUGAUAAUGAAACUCAUUAACAAAGUGCAGUAGAAUGAUUAUCCUUGUAAAACAAACACAUUUUAAAAAGUUCAUUUCCAAAUUGUUUAUACCGGAAUUCCUAAAGCUGACUAAAGUAAUUAUUAAUAUAAAAAAUCUUUGUGCUGUAAGCCUUUGCAUUGAGGCAGUCAAUUUUGAAUAACUUGUUUACAAAA